AUGUCGACAAACGAAGUUUGCGUAGGUCUAACAGAAAUUCAUUCAAAGUCAUUAUUAAAUAAUAAUGAUACAUUUUUAUUCGAUUGUGAUGGUGUUCUUUGGAAUUUUCCUGAAAUCUUUCCAGGUGCUAUUGAAUUACUCAAUUAUUUAACUGAACAAGGUAAACAAUUAUUUUUCGUUACAAAUAAUUCAACUAAAACACAAGAUGAUUAUGCGAAACGUUUUAAUGAUAUUGGUUAUAAAGCUAAACCUGAGCAAAUCAUUUGUACGGCAUGGCUUACUGCUCAACAUUUAAAAUCAAUUAAUUUUAAAGGUCAAUGUUAUGUAAUUGGUAUGCAAUCAAUGGUACAUGAAUUAGAAAAAGAAGGUUUUCAGAUUUGUGGUGGCAUAGGUGUAAAUUCAAGACGUGUUAAAGAAGAUUGA